UCAGUUAUAGCCGUCAUGACCACCCUCCAAACCAAGAAGGAUUCUCUCCUCCGGGGUGUAUCACCCACCCCUAGCAAGAUUCCGGUACCUUCAAAGAGACGCCCACCUCUCCCUACUGUCAAGCCCUCCGCCCAGGACCAAGAGAACCAAGAUCCAAAGAGAUUGGAGCAGAAGAUCAGUAUUCAACGUCCCCUUGCUGACUCAGCAUGCCCCAGGCCAAAAGCCACCCAUCAAACAGAGAAAUCAGAGAGAUUGGUGGGGAGCACUCUGCUUCGGAACCCCUUGGAGGAGCUCAGGCCUAGCCCUAGGGGACAAAAUGUAGGGCCUGGGCCCCCUCCACAGACAGAGGUUCCAGGGGUCAUAGAGUUUGUGGCUGACCCUGAGGCUCUGGCUACCAUCCUGUCAGGUGAGGGGGUGAAGAGCUGUCGCCUGGGGCGCCAGCCCAGUCUAGCUCAGAGAGUACUGGUUCGAGGGAGCCAGGGAGGCACCAUCCGGAGGGGCCAGGGUGCCCGGGCCUCUGCAUAUUUGCCUCCCAGAACCCCCCAAAACCGACUGGACCCUGCCAGGGCUUCCUGCUUUUCAAGGCUGGAGGGACCAGGACCCCGAAGCCGGACCUUGUGUGCCCAGAGGCUAGAGGCUAUGAUUCUACCUUCAGGAUCUUCCUUUCACUCCUCUGCUCGCCCCAGCUUCCAGAAGCUAAAAAGAGAGAUAGGUGGCAGCAGGUGGACUUCAGUGAGCCAGGCCUCAGGAUUGCUCCUGGAGACCCCAGUCCAGCCUGCUUCCUCGAUCCCAGAAGGAGAACAUGAAGUUGUCACUCACUCAGAUGAAGAAGGAAAGGGCCGCCUCGGUCUGGCCCAGUGGGUUCCAUUGAGAGAAACCCAAGAGAUAACUCACAGCAAGGACAGCCGGGACUGCCACCCGAUGCCUUCCCCUGGCCGUGUGCUGUUACCAUCCAUCACCCGUCCAUCCCCCUUUGGGUUGGCUCAGCGUGUUCCCUCCCCCAGCCCCUCAGCUCUGGCCUCACAUUCAGUGUUGCGGCGUCUUGCCAUUCGACCCAAAACCCAGUUCACACCCAUCCCAUCAGCCCCCAGAGCUCAGCAGGUAAGAGAGGGAAGGGGAGGUAGCUGGCAUAGGAAGGGAGUGAAUGGGUACAGAAAGGGUCAUGACAUCUCACUUCUCUCCCAGGUCCAGUGUGUGAGUGGCCUCUCUCCUCAGUCUUGUCCUGAAGAGCCCGCCCUGCCCUGGGAGCAGAUUGCAGUCCGGUUAUUUGACCAAGAGAGUUGUAAAAGAUUGCAGGAGGAGCCUGGGAAACCACCUGUGGCAACUCCUCAUGGACCCCUCCCCAGUGGAACCCCCAACCUCCAGGAGCUGAAGAAGCAGCGCAUCAGUAUCCUGCAGCAGCUUUUGCAACAGGAAGUACAGGGGCUGGCAGGGAGCAAAUGCGCCCCCCUUACUGGAGGCUCCUCUCUGGAUAUGGUAGAACUUCAGCCCCUGCUGGCAGAGAUUCCUAGAACUCUGAAUGCCCCACAGCAUAAUUCUGGGGCUUUCCACCUUCCUAAACUGUUCCGGCACUCUGGACUGCCAAAGCCCUGCCUUCCUGCGGAGUGUGGGGAAGCACAACUCUGUCCUGGAGCAGAGCCAGAGGUAGCUCAGGCCUGCCCUCCAGCAGAGCCAGGGCCCCCAGGGUCCUGCCACAGGAGGGAGCCUGAGAUUCCAGAACCUGUCGCCCAGGAACAGCCUGAGGUAUCUGAGGCCUGCCCUCCCGUAGAGCCUGGAUCCCUUCAGGCCUGCUCCGCAAGGGUAGAGCCUGGGGCAUCAGAGGUGUGCUCCCUGGAACCUCGGAGUACAGAGUCCAGCCCACAGCCCUGUUGCUAUCAGUGGGCUCCAGCAACCACCAGUGUGACCUUCUCUUCCCAACACCCACUUUGUGCCAGCCCCCCUAUCUGCUCGCUCCAGUCUCUGGGGCCCCCAACCGGCCAGACAGGCCCUAGUAGUCUGGCUCCUCGAACCCUGGCCCUGAGGCAGCGCCUCAAAGCAUGUCUGACCGCCAUCCGCUGCUUCCACGAGGCUCGCCUGGAUGACGAGUGUGCCUUCUACACCAGCCGAGCCCCUCACUCAGGCCCCUCGCGGGUCUGCACCAAUCCAGUAGCCAAGCUAUUGGAAUGGCAGGAUGCCCUGUGUUUUAUUCCAAUUGGUUCUGCUGCCCUUCAGGACUCUCCGUCAUGA